UAUACGUUCUCUGUCUUUCUAUUCCUAAUUUAAUUAUAAUGUCAUUCACCUAUGUCAUAUAUGAUAAGCAAACUUUCAGAAAAAAUGUUAUAUACAAUAGAUAAAAUAUAAUUAAAAAAUAUCUAUCUUAUAAUGACGAAAAUAGACUUUUUUGAUGUUGAAUAAUGCCGACGAAAUACCUUACUGCAAUAGAAUAACAGGAAGUUCAAGUGCCAAAUCUAUUCAUUCUUCAAUUCAAUACAUUAAAAAUAAAGAGUAAAGAAAAAGUGCUAUAUUGCGUCAAAUAAUGACGAAAUUUUUACUUUGACGAUAGAUAUUACAUUGUUAUAAAAAUGGAUUCAUCAUCGACAAUUUCAAUCAUAGUAAAAACUUACAGGUGGUUUUAAUUUACAUUUGAUUACUACAUUACAUAUUGCGGAGAAAAUUGAGAUAUAUCAGAAUAUCAUGACAGGAUAUGAAGACACCAAAAAAUUGUACAAAUUCCUCAAAUAUGCCAAUCCAGAACCAGGUGAAAAAGUUAUUAUUUCUGGAUUUGCGGGGUAGAUUUCCAGAAUCCCAAAAUAUGAAGGAAUUGAAAAAUAAUAUUUUUAACUGCAAAGAUUGUAUCACUGAAAACGAAUGCCAUUGGAAACUAGGUAAUUCAGAAAUUCCAAAGCAUUUAUGCAAAAUUAAGAAUGUUGAGAAAUUCGAUGCGUCCUUUUUUGGAAUACAUUUUAACCAAGCUUAUUUGAUGGAUCCUAUGAGCAGAAUGAUGUUGGAACAUGCUUACGAAGCUAUAAUAGAUGCUGGGAUUAAUCCAGAUGAUAUUCGUGGAACAAGGACAGGUGUAUUCGUAAAUUCAUGUUUCUCUGAUUCCGAACCAACUUUGCUUCACAGCAAACUUCAGGCAGAUGUUUUCGGUAUCACGAACUGUAGCAGAGAUAUGAUGGCUCAAAAUAUUUCGUAUUGGUUGGGUGUAGCAGGUCCAUCAUAUAACGUUGAUACAGGGUGUAGUUCUACUCUUUAUGCGAUGGAUCAAGCUUACAGGUUUAUACGUAGUGGAGACUGCGAUUAUGCAAUCGUCAGUGGAUCGAAUCUUUGCCUACACCCAUAUACGUCUCUACAUUUUGUUCGUUUAAGUAGGGUGUUGAAUCAAGAUGGUCGCUGCAAAAUUUUCGACGAAGAUGCAAAUGAAUGUGUCUCUUCUGUAUCCAAUACCCAGAUUACGGACAGAAUACAACUAAAUCCAAAGUGGAUGUGUACGUUGUUUUCAGCGGUCAUAUCAUGAUGUUAGAAAAUAUGAAAAUUGCAAUGGCAAUUAAUAAUGAAUUGUUUGUGAUUACUGAUGGAUUUAAAAAAAAUCUAAUAAAAGAAAACUUAUAAAAAUGAAAGUAAUAAAACUAAUACACACUUAUAUAUGAUUAAUAAACUAUUAAUG